AUGAGGCACUCAACACAUUUACUGGUCUACCCUUUUCCUAGCUCCGGCCAUAUCAUUCCCUUACUCGACCUCACCGACCUCCUCCUCCGCCGUGGCCUAACCGUCACCGUCGUCAUCUCCCCCACCAACCUCCCACUACUCGACCCUCUCCACUCCUCCCAUCCAUCUUCUCUCCACAAGCUUCUUUUCGAUGAUCCAGAGAUCACCCCAUUCCCUGAUCCCCUUAUUGCCAAAGUAAUUUCCACACAGAAACUGUUUGAUCCCAUCGUUAAAUGGUUCAGAUCCCACCCUUCGCCGCCGAUGGCCAUCGUCUCUGACUUCUUUCUCGGGUGGACUAGUGAACUCGCUUCCCACCUGGGCAUCCAGCGCAUUGUGUUUUCACCUUCAGGCGUUCUUAGUUCUUCCAUUUUACAAACGUUGUGGCAAGACGUGGAGGAGAUUAAUGCCGAUAAAGAUCAAAAGUUUUCGCUUUCUUUCCCGGAAAUCCCAAACUCGCCGGAGUUUCCUCUAUGGCAGUUGCUCCCCGUGUCACAAAAUUUUAAGAAAGGAGAACCGCAUUACGAAUCCUUCAGGAAUGGAAUGUUGGCUAACAUGAGCAGCUGGGGAAUCAUAUACAACACAUUCGAAGAGUUGGAAGGGGUGUACAUUGAUCACAUGAAGAAACAAAUGGGUCAUGAUCGGGUUUGGGCAGUUGGCCCGUUGCUUCCCGAUGAUCAUGGCACUGGACGUGGUGGGUCGAGUGUGGUGCCACCUAACGACCUGCUCAUGUGGUUAGACAACAAACCCGAUGACUCUGUUGUAUAUAUAUGCUUUGGGAGCCAAACCACAUUAAGCGAGAAGCAAAUGGGUGGACUUAUAGGAGCUUUAGAGUUAAGCAAUAUUAAUUUUAUCUUGUGUGCAAAGGGAAGCAAAUCGGGCUCCAUUCCAAGUGGGUUUGAAGAUUGGGUGAGUGGUCGAGGGUUGAUAGUCAAAGGUUGGGCCCCACAGUUAGCGAUACUGCGACAUAGGGCUGUUGGGUCGUUUGUGAGUCAUUGCGGGUGGAAUUCGACGCUGGAAGGAGUUGCAGCGGGUGUGAUGAUGCUGACGUGGCCAAUGGGUGCAGAUCAGUAUGUAGAUGCUAAGCUAUUGGUUGACGAGUUGGGUGUUGGGAAACGAGUUUGUGAGGAUGCACCCGAUAGUGUUCCUGACUCGGUUGAGUUGGCUCGGUUGUUGGAUGAGUCGGUGAGUGGGAGAUAUAAGGCGGAGCAGCGAGUAGUUAAAGUGAAGAAGCUAAGCCAAGCAGCCAGCAAGGCAGUUAAGGAUGGAACGUCGAUGAGGGAUGUGGAUACGUUUGUCCAGCUUCUAUCUCAACUCGAGACAGCUAACUAA